AUGGGUGUGUUCAUCUGCCGGGGCCGGGAGGACGCGCUGGUGACCCGGAACCUCGUCCCGGGGGAGUCGGUGUACGGGGAGAAACGGAUCAGUGUGGAGGAGGGCGACACCUCCAUCGAGUACCGGGCGUGGAACCCCUUCCGGUCCAAGCUGGCGGCCGCCAUCUUGGGGGGCAUCGACCGCAUCCACAUCCGGCCCGGGGCCAAGGUGCUCUACCUGGGCGCCGCCUCGGGCACCACCGUCAGCCACGUCUCCGACAUCGUGGGCCAGGAGGGCGUGGUCUACGCGGUGGAGUUCUCGCACCGCUCGGGGCGGGACCUGCUCAACGUGGCCAAGAAAAGGACCAACGUGGUUCCCGUCAUCGAGGACGCCCGGCACCCCCACAAGUACAGGAUGCUCAUUGGGAUGGUGGACGUGAUCUUCGCCGACGUGGCCCAGCCCGACCAGACCCGGAUCGUGGCCCUGAACGCCCAUCACUUCCUGCGCUGCGGGGGGCACUUCAUCAUCUCCAUCAAGGCGAACUGCAUCGACUCGACGGCGCCGGCCGAGGCUGUGUUCGCGGGGGAGGUGAGGAAGAUGACGGGGGAGAGGAUGAAGCCCCAGGAGCAGCUGACGCUGGAGCCGUACGAGAGGGACCACGCCGUGGUGGUGGGGGUGUACAGGCCCCCCCCCCAAGGAGAAAUGACGUCACCACCCCCCCGCCCAGGGGGCGUGCCUGACCCUCAGGAGGGGGCGGAGCCCCGAACAAGCCCCGCCCCCCCCCGGGGGUUGAAAUUUGGGUCGAAUUCGGGGGGUUUUGGGGGUUGGGGGGAGGGGCAAAAAUGGGGGUUUUUUUGGUUAAUUAAAGACUGA